GGGACGACAUUAUUGCCGUUGGAGUGUCCGUGUCGUCGCAGUUGGGUUGAGACGACCGAAGAGACUAGAGACAGAGGUGGUCACCGGGAUUGGGAUUGGGAUUGGGAUUGGAACUGGAAUCGGAAUCACAGCCACCGCCGCCGCGGCGCCGCCCCCGUCGGAUGCCCCCAACCCUGACGCAAACUUCUCCCCAACCAAUCAAAACUCCCCUGUUCGGCUGUUCCCUUGCCCUAACGUCCUUCGUUGUCUUCCCACGCCGCUCUGCAAUGAACGAAGUCAUCACGGCGGCUGAUGCAUAGGCCAGAUUCCGAUCAGCCACAUCGCAACCUUCCAUUAUCCCUUCCAACGUCCCUCUCAUCUCCGCCUUCCUCGCAUUAGCUAUCGCCCAGUUUCUCAAGCCCUUCACCGUCUGGUUCAAGGAGAGAAGAUGGGAUUCUAGAAGGAUGCUUGGGUCUGGUGGAAUGCCCUCCUCACAUUCAGCAACGGUGACAGCGCUGGCUGUGGCUAUUGCACUGGAGGAAGGAACUGGGGCCCCGAUUUUUGCUGUCGCACUGGUUUUGGCUUGUGUUGUUAUGUAUGAUGCUACUGGUGUUAGACUUCAUGCUGGUCGUCAGGCUGAGUUAUUAAAUCAAAUUGUAUGUGAGCUACCUCCUGAACAUCCCGUCUCCAAUUGUAGACCUCUGCGGGAUUCACUUGGCCAUACUCCCAUCCAGGUUCUCGCAGGUUCCGUGCUAGGGUUGGGAGUUGCUUUUCUACUGAGAACUUCCAGUUAGCAAAAGAGCCCCAUUCUAAGGUGUUCCUUCAAAUGCAUUUUACUGGCUCCGGCAAAAGCCACGGAACAAAUUCCAUUUGUGCUCAUGGGUAAGGAAGAGGAACUGAAACAGAGCAAGUGAACUGCUCAGGUAAAUGUUGGGUUUGGGGUGUUAGUUAUGUAUACACAGCUUGGUUUGUUCUGCUUUUGAGUUGUUUGCUUCUUUCCAAGCGAAGAGACAACAGGAAAACACAGCAAAAGAUUAUAUGAUUAACUCUGAUGAUCAGAGUCUGAUCUGAUGUUCUACUGCGUAUUUGUCAUCUGGUUAGCGUAAGAAAAAGUGUAAAAUGUAAUGUUAACACCACUUCUCAUCAACUGUGUAGC